CUAUACAAAAAAGACCCGGAAAGAGGAAGGGAUCAAAAUUCACAAGUCAUAAGAAAAUAAUCAGAGAGUUAAACACUAAAAAAAAAACAUGCAUGGCCAUCUGUCGCAGGAUACUCCGGUUGAUGCUACAGCUGCUGUCGUGUGGGAUGUAUACGGUGGUCUGCAGCUCGGAAGGCUCGUCAAUAAGUUACUACCGGACGUUCUUGGAACGGUGGAAGUCAUAGAAGGUGAUGGAGAAGUAGGAACCGUUGUCAAACUUACAUAUCCACCAGGAAGUCCUGGAAUUGGUUAUAUGAUAGAAAGGUUCACGAAGGUUGACGAUGAAAAUCGAGUUAAAGAAACUGAAGUCAUUGAAGGAGGAUACAAAGCUCUUGGAUUUGAUCUUUUCCGUGUUCGCUUGGAAAUCAUAGAGAAAGAAUCAGAAUCAUCUAUCAUCAGGUCAUCGAUAGAGUAUGAAGUAGAUGACAAGCUUGCAGAAGUUGCUUCCCAUGUGAGUAUUAAGCCACUGGAAAUAAUGGCAGAAACUGUUCGGAAACAUCUCAUUGAAAAGAAAACGACCCACUAG